UCUGCCCGCUGCGAAAAUUAGGGGCCCGGGGAGUCACUCGUGCCCCGGAGCAGAAAGGGGGCCCUAACUCUCAGCACAGGGAAACGGCGCCGUCCCAGCUCUCUCACAACCGAAGGCUCCUGGGGCCAUCGCGGCCGGGCGGGUGCGAUUGGUCGGCCGCGCGGUCGGUCCCGGAAGACGAAUUCGUCACUUCCGCAGGGCCCGCCAUCUUGUUGGCAGUUAGCGGAGACAGCCCCCGGCUCGGCCCCUCGCGUUUCGCUACAGCGAGUCAGUCCCCCGCCCCGGCCGGAGCACUGAGUCGCUGUGGCGCUAUGGCCAACAAUAGCCCCGCGUUAGGCGCCGGCAACUGCCAGCAGCAGCAGCAGGCGGCCCAGCACCAGGCCGGAUCCGUCCCGCCGGCCCAGCCGCCGCUACAGAGCGGGGCCCCCAAACCGGCGGCCUCGGGCAAGCAGGGCAACGUGCUGCCGCUGUGGGGGAACGAGAAGACCAUGAACCUGAAUCCCAUGAUCCUCACCAACAUCCUCUCCUCGCCCUACUUCAAGGUGCAGCUCUACGAGCUCAAGACCUACCACGAGGUGGUGGACGAGAUCUACUUCAAGGUUACACAUGUUGAACCAUGGGAGAAAGGGAGCAGAAAAACAGCAGGCCAGACAGGGAUGUGCGGAGGGGUGCGAGGUGUUGGAACUGGUGGAAUUGUGUCUACAGCUUUUUGCCUGCUUUACAAAUUAUUUACUCUGAAACUCACUCGUAAGCAAGUGAUGGGCCUCAUAACACACACAGAUUCUCCGUACAUUAGGGCUCUUGGAUUUAUGUAUAUUAGGUACACACAGCCUCCUACUGAUCUAUGGGACUGGUUUGAAUCGUUCCUUGAUGAUGAAGAGGACCUGGAUGUGAAGGCAGGUGGGGGUUGUGUUAUGACCAUUGGGGAGAUGCUUCGUUCCUUUCUUACUAAGCUCGAAUGGUUUUCAACAUUGUUUCCAAGAAUUCCUGUGCCAGUCCAGAAAAACAUUGAUCAGCAAAUAAAAACCAGACCUAGAAAAAUCAAGAAGGAUGCCAAGGAGGGAGUGGAAGAAAUAGAUCGACAUGCAGAGCGUAGACGUUCAAGGUCUCCAAGAAGGUCUGUGAGCCCCAGGAGGUCUCCUAGAAGAUCCAGAAGCAGAAGUCAUCAUCGGGAAGGUCAUGGAUCAUCUAGUUUUGAUAGAGAACUAGAAAGGGAGAGAGAACGGCAGAGAUUAGAACGUGAAGCUAAGGAGAAAGAAAAAGAAAGGCGAAGAUCACGAAGUACUGAUCGUGCAUUAGAGCGGAGGCGAAGCAGAAGCAGAGAGAGACACAGAAGCCGUAGUCGAAGUCGUGAUAGAAAGGGAGAUAGAAGAGACAGGGAUAGAGAGCGGGAGAAAGAAAAUGAACGAAGCAGGAAAAAAGAUAGAGACUAUGACAAGGAAAAGGGUAAUGAAAGAGAGAGAUCUAGGGAACGGUCAAAAGACAGGAAAAGUAAGGGUGAAAUAGAAGAGAAAAGACACAAAGAUGACAAGGAUGAAAAGAAGCACAGGGAUGAUAAGAGAGAUUCCAAAAAAGACAGAAAACAUAGUAGAAGUCGAAGCAGGGAGAGGAAGCAUAGGAGUAGGAGUAUAAGUAAGAAUACAGGUAAACACAGUAGAAGCAGGAGCAAGGAGAAAUUAAGUAAACAUAAAAAUGAAGGUAAAGAUAAAUCAAAUAAACGAAGUAGAAGUGGAAGCAGAGGAAGAACCGAUAGUGUUGAAAAGUCCAGAAAACGAGACCACAGUCCCAGCAAAGAGAGAUCCCGAAAGCGUAGUAGAAGCAAAGAACGAUCCCAUAAACAUGAUCACAGUGAUAGCAAGGACCAUUCAGACAAACAUGAUCAUCGAAGGAGCCAAAGUACAGAACGAGAGAGCCAAGAAAAGCAACAUAAAAACAAAGAUGAAACUGUGUGAACUCAGUGAAAAGUGGAUCACAUUGAAUCCUAUAAAUCUUUGAUUAAAUCCUGCUUAUUUUUUUCUUAAAGUUGAGAUUGUGCAGUAGUUGAGCACUCUUUUUUCAACCUCCCUCUAGGCUGCAGAUUGUCAUUUCCUAUGUUGGGUAGGGAAGUGCCUUUGUAAUCCCAUUUAAUGCAUUGAUGGUUUCAACCCAUGUGUUUAGUUUAAUUCAUAAUGCAAAGAUUGUUCUUGCGUUUUUAUUGUUCAAAUGUUUCUGAAAUGUACAGUCUGUACAUAUGUCCUGAAAAUGUUUUAAUUCCUUUGGCAUGGUUGCCAUGUUGGUUAAAUUUGUAUAAGGCAAUAAACUGCCACUAAUUCUA